AUGGCGUUCGGCACCAUCUACUCCUAUUCGCCCAGCCCUAGGGUCAUGAAGACCCAGGCGGCCGCCAACAUCAAUGGCCUGGAGCUCUCGGUCCCCGAGUUCACCAUGGGUGUCACCAACAAGACCCCGGACUUCAUCUCCAAAUUUCCUCUGGGGAAAGUGCCCGCGUUUGAAGCCGCCGAUGGGACUGUCCUCUUCGAGUCGGACGCCAUUGCUCAAUACGUGGCUGAGAGUGGCCCCGCUGCCGACCAACUGACGGGGGCCACCCCGGCUGCCCGCGCCUCCAUCCGCCAGUGGAUUUCCUUCGCACAGGGUGAGAUCCUCGAUCCCGUCCAGCAGCUCGCUCUGUGGCGCAUCAAGCUCGUCCCUUACGAUGCCGCCACCGAGACCAAGGCUCUCGAGCGCCUGGAGCGUUCCCUGGCCUGUCUGGAAACUCAUCUGCAGGGCCGUGACUGGCUUGUAAAUGGAGACAAGAUCAGCAUGGCUGAUAUUACUGUCGCAUCUGCACUGGUUUGGGGAUUCGCUAUGGCGAUCGACGCUGAGAUGCGUGCGAAAUACCCCACUGUCGUUGGUUGGUAUGAGCGUACUCUGCAGGAGGAUGGUGUCAAGCAGGCCUUUGGGGAGAAGAACUUUAUUGAGAAGCGUCAACCGUAUGAGGGAUAA